AUGGCUCAUCCACAAGAGAAGGUAUUCGUUGAUACUAAUAAUGGAGAAGAAUGUGAUCAACCACAGAAUAGCGACGCUUUAGAUGAAGCACUAUGUGUACCAGAGUCACAGUCUGUUGGCACGAACAUAGGAGCUACCAAUUUGUUGACAAAUACUUCUACACUAGAAGAAAAAGCGGAAAUUUCAUUUGGUGUUGCGACUCCAACACCAACUGGAGUCUCACCUUUUAACAACCAUGAGAUUCCUCAACCAUCAGAAUCAGGUAAGACAGUCAAACAAGUAGCUGCUCUUAGCGUUCCAUAUAUCCAACCAAGAGACAAAACUAAACGUAAAUCAAGUAUGUUCUCCUGA